CAAACAAAGAAGAAAAAAGAUAAAAGCUAAAAUUAUUCAGUCUAUUCUAUUCCUAUCUCACAUUCAUUCAUUCAUUCAUUCAUUCACUCUCAAAAAAAAAAAAAAAACAAAACAAAAACUCUGUUUUCUCUCCUUCUAUCUCUCAACUUCCUCAUCAUAAUCAUAAUCUUCCAAACACAACAUACCACACACACACACUCCAACGUUAAUCCAUCAAAACAAAAACAAAAACCCAUCAUCUCUCUCUGUCUUGUUUCUCUCAUAUCAUCCACCAAUUCUUCUCUUCCUCAACAACAUAUGCAGAUUCACUUUCACAAUUCCUUCAUCUUUCUUACAUGUUUGAGACGUGAGAGUUGCUAGUGAAUUAUAUUUUUGAGGUACACAUUUUUCAAGUUAGUAAAAUAAUAUGUGAAGUUUGACUUUAACAUGCUAUAAUUAGAGAAAACAAAGAAAUUAAUCAAUCAAUGUAAUUAAUUGAAUGUAGUAGUAAUAAAUUUGCACAUAUUUUGGUAACUUAGAUAUUUUCUUCUGCAAAGUUUGGGGGCACUGCCUAAAGUAUUUGCAGUGCCCAUGGAUGCCACAACAAGCGGAACCCCAACUAUCCAAUACCAUACUUCUAACAUCAAUGACCAGACAAUUACUGCCAUUGUUGUUGCCACGCCACUUCCGACAUUUCAAAGGCAACAACGCCAUUGCUUAGGAAACUCUACUCCCGGAGAGUUUCCUUUGUCAGCUAAACCCGCUAUUGUUCUCCAUGUCCUUACUUCAUGUAAUUUGGAUCCUCAAGACCUUGCUAAACUAGAGGGAACAUGCUCCUUCUUCAGGAAGCCAGCAAACUAUGCUCCGGAUUUUGAGCUGUCGUUAUGCGAACUUGCUGCAUUUGACAUGUGCAUGAAGAGAGCCAUCUUUAAGCCAAUGACAACAGAAGAAAUGCAAGAUUUGAAACAAAGAUGUGGAGGUUCUUGGAAGUUAGUUCUGAGGUAUUUGUUGGCUGGAGAAGCAUGUUGUAGGAGGGAGAAAUCACAGGCAAUAGCAGGUCCUGGUCACAGCAUUGGUGUGACAUCUAAAGGGAAUGUUUAUUCAUUUGGAUCCAACAGCUCAGGACAGCUAGGGCAUGGAACUACCGAAGAAGAAUGGCGACCUCGACCAAUAAGAACUUUGCAAGGCAUUAGAAUUAUACAAGCUACUGCUGGUGCUGGGAGGACGAUGUUGAUCACUGAUUCUGGACGGGUCUAUGCAUUUGGGAAAGAUUCUUUUGGAGAAGCUGAAUAUGGAGGUCAAGGUUCUAAAACUGUUACAACUCCGCAGUUAGUGGAGUCGUUGAAAAACAUAUAUGUUGUUCAAGCUACGAUUGGUAACUUUUUCACAGCUGUAUUGUCAAGAGAAGGAAGGGUCUACACAUUUUCUUGGGGUUCUGAUGGCAAACUUGGCCACCACACCGAUUCAAAUGAUACGGAACCUCGUCCUUUAUUAGGAGCUUUGGAAGACAUACCAGUAGUGCAAAUUGCUGCUGGAUAUUGCUACCUUCUUUGUCUGGCUUGUCAGCCAAGUGGAAUGUCAGUGUACUCAGUUGGAUGUGGCUUGGGAGGCAAGCUAGGACACGGAACAAGAACUGAUGAGAAGUUCCCUCGUUUGAUCGAACAGUUCCAGACGCUAAACCUUCAACCCAUGGUUGUUGCAGCCGGUGCUUGGCAUGCUGCUGUGGUAGGACAGGAUGGUCGUGUUUGCACAUGGGGAUGGGGCCGAUACGGUUGUUUGGGACAUGGGAAUGAAGAAUGUGAAGCAGCACCUAAGGUAGUAGAAGCAUUGAACAAUGUCAAAGCUGUUCAUGUUGCCACAGGAGAUUACACAACCUUUGUUGUGUCUGAAGAAGGGGAUGUAUAUUCUUUUGGUUGUGGAGAAUCCGCUAGUCUCGGGCAUAAUGCAAUAAUUGAUGAACAGGGAAACAGACAUGUAAAUGUGUUGACUCCGGAGCUUGUGACAUCACUGAAACAGAUCAACGAAAGGGUGGUACAGAUUAGUCUGACCAAUUCCAUUUACUGGAAUGCUCAUACCUUUGCUCUCACUGAAUCAGGGAAGCUUUAUUCAUUUGGGGCUGGAGACAAAGGACAGCUAGGAAUCGAACUUGUUGCAAACCAGACCGAAAGGGUAAAUCCAGAACGAGUCGACAUUGAUCUUGGUUAACUGUUUAUGCCUCUAAUCACCAAUUCUUUAAACCAUUUUAUAUCGUCUAAUUUAUGAUCGUCACCAUGCAUAGCAUUUAGUGUUUAAGUUUCCUUGUCUAUUUUGUAAAUAUAAUCAAAGAAUGCAGUGUCAUGAAGGUCCAAGGUAGGUAAAACAACAGCUAACAAGGGCCUGUCUUUAUUUAUGGUCUUUCAUAUUUACUCUUAGGUUUCAACCGUUUGUUCAUAGUUUAUUUAUACAUUGUUGAAGGUUCAUUUUAUUUGAAGUUUAGUUUGUCUUGAA